ACUGGAAUCAUCGGAGUCGUUGUCGUUGUCUUCUUCUUCUUGUUCUUUCUCUACGUUGUCAUUGUCAUAAGUUAGCCGGCAAAGCUUCGAAUCCGACUUGUCGCGUCGGGAUCCGGGAGUCAGUACGUACUUCGUAUCAGCUCACCAGAAAGCGAGACAGAUUUUAGACUGUGCGGGUGUGGCUGGUGGCGCGGUGAGACCUGUGAUCGAUCGCUGGUCGGGUCUGGUUCUGAGUGUGGCAUUGUUUAUUAGCGUACUGGCGCGUGCGACGCGGCGGAGAACCUGAUUGCGAGGUUGAACUACAGGUGUGGACGUUGAUGGGUUGCCGAUGGCAAGAAGGCAAGAGCUGUCCGCCGUGAGUUGGAAAUCGGAGGUGCGAAUCUUAGAUCCAGGGUGGUGGAGAGAUUCUUCGGGGGAGAGUCUGAACUUCGGAUGAGUGAUCCCCCGGGGCACAUGGAACCCAUCGAAAGUCCCGGAAAGAAGGCUUCAGCUGGCUAUUAUGACCGACUCGAUCAUGCUGCACUGGGAUUACCUUCUGUCACGAGCAAGUUCAUCGGACCAGGCCAUGCGGAGACCGUGGCCGCAUCUGAGAGGUUUGAUAAGGCGGGGCUGCUGGCCGCUCAUCUAGCAGCUCUACACGAUGCCUACAUGCUGGAGCGGGGAUUGUUGCCUGGCAGUUCGUUGCCUGAUAGCGAGGCGCCUCCAAUUCCGCCUGUGUACGCUGAGUCCCCAUGGAAAGAAUUCAAGUUGAUGUCAUUCGCUGAGAUGAAAAUUGGAAAGACGCAUCGGAAACAUGCUCUGGAAGGCCGUCUGUGUGCGAAGUCUCUAAAAGUCACGUCUGUGGUGAAUGUGCUGGAGGAAGACUCGGGCCUUGCAACGAAGCUAAUCUUGACGAAUGCAUUGCCAAUGAGAGCCAGUAUGGUCCAAGCUCAAAACUGCUACCCCGAGGGUGCACGGGUAACGGUGAGAGAUCCUUAUCUCACUCGGUUUCCUGAUGGAGUGGUGGGAGUGCUAGUUGAACGACCUCAUGACAUCGCUUUUCUGUCGAGGCCUGAGAAUACGGGGGAGAGAGGUACCACAAUAUAUGGGGCUGUCGGGUUGGAAGGCUAUGACGACGGUAUGUAUGCUCAAAUCACGAGCCGAGACCAGGAGGAUUUCUCCAGAAAGAUUCAUUUGUUUGAGCAGCAGAUGAAACAGGAGGGUGCUUAUUCUUCAGGAGUUCCUGAUAGCUUUGAGAGGAAGGCAGUAUUGCACUCCAAGCCACUUCAUUAUGACACAAAGGGAAGUGUUCCUCCUUCUAAGGACGAAUCGACAGAAAGAAGCUCACCAUUGAAUGACAGGACGAAAGAACCUGAAGCGUAUGAAUCAAUCACUGAACGUAGCACUGUGGAAGGAAGUCUCCCACCUGCCACUAAUCAUGUGGUAUCGCAAACGGAUCUGUCAAGAGGAGGCGUGAAAGAGUCCAAUGAAUGUGAAGAAUUUCAAGUUGCCUUACGCAACGAUGAUGGUGCCACUUCAUAUGCAUUGACGGGCUCUGAAAAUUCUCCUUGUGGAAAGGAGCUUCCUGAAGAGGAAACUUUCUUAGAUGCUGCUGUAGCAGAUGCAUUGUGUGGUGACGAUAAGAAGUUUGGCGAAGAGGUGGAUAAGAGUGGUACUACAGAGUUGGUGGGUAGCAAAGACGCUGACACAACUUCUACAGGAUUGAGUGGAUCGAUCAGCAAACGUGAAGCCGAAAACCUAGAGAAUGGUACUUAUGCGGAAGAGAGUGCUACAGAUGUAAAGACACAGCUGAGGAUUCCAGAAGUCUCCUCGGAGAGAAAGAUUCCGCUCAUACGGAAGCAGUUUCAGCGAAGCGACAGUUUGUUAGCAGUGCAGGAAGUGGAAGAUUGUGAAGCCAUUGGAGACAACCAUAAAGCUCGCGGGGAAUCCAACACUGUGGAGGCUGGUGAAUCUGAGAGAUUCAAGGAACUGGGACGCGAAGAGCAGAGGAAAAGCUGUGACGUACAAGAGCGCGCAACUCAAGUUAAUAACGACUGGGUUGAAACACAUAGCGCCAAUGAACUGAGAGUACUGGGCAACCUGUUGUUCGGAGAGGAGAAUUACGAGGGCGCAGCAGAUCUUUACACCAGGAGCAUACGCUUAGCAGAGGCUGAGGAGGAGCGACAAGGGAAACAAGUGUGUAAGGGCGAGAUUAUACUUGGAUACUCUAACCGUGCCGAAGCUUACAUCCGGCUGGAGGAGUAUGGAAAGGCGUUGGCAGACGCCCUUAUGGCUUUGUCACGAGAUUCUAGUCACCUCAAGAGCUUGUUUAGGAAGGGAAGGGCAUUGCUCAGGCUUAGGCAGUACGAGCAGGCACUCACUACUUUGCAGGUAGCUGCUCCUCGAGCUCCGUCAGACAAGGACCUUCAAGCUGCGCUACACGAGAGCAGUACCGGUGUGCAGCAAAGCUGCUAUGGCCAUUACGACCUGUCGCAUUACUACUUGAAGGGGAAGCAAGCAGGAGAGUCACCCUUUUGCGCUGACUAUAUUGGCCCUGUGAUUAUCACCGAUGUGGGCAGGGGUCGUGGACGGGGUCUUGUCUUGACGAAAGAUGUGGAAGCAGGGGAACUGCUGCUUGUGUCCAAUCCUAUCGCUAACUUGCAGUUGCAGGUGGAUCACACACGCCGCGAAAUUUCAGAGGCAAUCGUGAAUGGGAGGGUCCAGGAAGGGUUUCUCAAGGUUCUUGAUGCUGCGCAAGCACACAAGAAUGGCCUCGAAAAACUGCUGAUGCUCUGCGACGGAGAAAAAGCUCUUCCGGCUCCGCCAGUAAAUUAUACCGAGUUAGACUCUGCAACUCAGAAGCAUUUGGAUGCUGCAAGCUUCCGCCGUAUCAUUCAGCUCAACGCAAUUAAUGGUGAUGCCACCAUGGGGUGGAAGAAUCUGCCUUGCUCGGGGGAGCAAAACAGGAAGGUAGACCACUGGGGGCUGUGGUGGUUGCCCUCUUUCAUGAACCACUCGUGCCUUCCAAGCUCCUCCCCAAUCCGUGUUGGCAAAGCACUCUUCGUGUUCGCAUCCCGGGACUUGCGUGCGGGCGAUGAAGUCACGCGCGCCUACUUCGACAUCUUCCUGCCUCUCGAUCAACGGAAAGAGCUGAGCAUGAAGGGAUGGGAUUUCGCAUGUCACUGCCCACGUUGCAAGCUGGAGGACGCAUUGGACGCCUCCCUUUCCAAAGUCACCGAGCAAUACACGAAGCUGAUGGAGCUGGCAAGCAAACCCAAGUCCGAGCUGGGUACAGACGACAAACUGUCCGAGAUCCAAACCUCGGCUGCUAUGAAAUUCUUGCACAAACUGGAAACCAAACUGAGGGACUUCAAACUGAACGCCGCCGAAAGCAACUGGGUGCGCUGCUCUUUCCUUCACUACAUCGAUAUGAUCAGCGUCGACCACGAGCUCCACACUCAUCUGGAAGGCAUUGUGGAAGCGCUUGUCACAGUUUGCCCCGGCAAUGAAACCACAUUACACAUGACGGUGGUUGCCAAGGACUCAGCAAGGAGAACAUUCGGCAAGAAAUCCCCCCAGUUCAAAGCUGCCAACCAACGCGCCCUCAACAUUUGCCGCUUCACAUACGGGAAGCAGAAGGUUAGCAUUCUUCAGUCUGUAGUUGAUAGGAAUGACUAUCAAUCUUAGCACUUCCACGCCCCUGCUUAGUUUUUCGUUUUCAAUUUCUCCCCCAUUAUUUUUCUUUUUCUUCUUCUUCUUCUUUUCCCUUAGGGUGGCAAAGAUCUGUGUGAUUCCUCAACGUGGCUUAACAUGUUGGCCUACCAAUGAUGUGAAUCGUGUAAGAAAACGGUGCCAGUAGAGCGACAACAUUCUCAAGCUUUCACCGACAAGCUGGCCUUUUAAAGUAAAUAGCAACUUAAGUUUCAGUUCAAGAUGUAAAUGAUCUGAUAGCUGAUAGGAGUUUUUAGUGUGGACAGGAAUUAUUUGGGUUCACUGGGUUAUACUGGUGCUGUAGAUGAGUUUCUUUAUCCAUCCUCACUAAUUACGUUUCUCAAUGCAUUAAACGGUCAAAUGGAAUAAUAGAGUAUUUAUGAUGUAACACUACAGAAAGUAAUAAUGAGACCAUUGUUAUGAUCCCUACAUUAA